GAAGAUCACCCAAGACAUUUUAAAAAAUUGUUUGAUACUUUGAAUAUUAAUGGAAAAUGAGGGUACAUGAUCAACGGCUGAGAUUUGAUGUCACACCCAAGCCAAUGGGUUUAACCGGAAGUUCAUUUAUCACGGCCAGAUCCAUCGCAGUUCUUCUAUUUGUCUCUCUGUCUCUUCUGAUUCUACCACCGUUCCUUCCGCCGCUUCCACCGCCUCCGGCGACGUUCCUCCUCCUCCCUCUCAUCCUCAUGAUUCUCCUCAUCUUUUUGGCCUUUUCUCCAUCUAAUGAGCCUAGCCUCGCCGUAGAAUCUCUCUACCCCUGAUGUCGCCGACUUGCAUGCCGUCCGUACAUAAAUAUGCGUUACACUAAUAUGUAAGGAGCAGAUUAAUUAAGGGCUUUUAGUUUGUGCACGCAAGAUCAUCUCAUGUGAUAGAUAGAUCCUCGGAUGACAAAAAAAGAGAUAGAUCUUCGAGUUUUCUUUUAAAUGUUUCUUGUAAUUCUAGCUUUUAAUUACUUUUCGUUUAUUUUCAUUUUUCUUGUUCUUUCUUGUUUUGUAGAGGAAUCUUGUUUAUCUGCGCCAAAAAUGAAUUGUAGAAGAAUAUUUUUGAAAUUUAUAUUGAAGGCUAUCUCCUUCUUUUUCUU